GAGACUCUUGAUCAUGUGAGUGUUUUUCCUGACAGUAACACACACACACACAGUAUGUCCCGGCAUGUGGAGGUGGUCAUCAAUCCCACGGAUCAGAGCCAUGCGCCAGUGUUAGUCUCCGAAUCCACCACAGGAGAUCCACCCGGAGUCACCGGAUUCCUGAAGAUCAACCCAGCUGCUCUCGGGUGGCUGGAGAUCCUGACCGGCGGAGCUGCGUUUGGACUGGUCUUCUGGAAUUAUGAGCGGAUGCUUUUAAUACCGGCCUGCUUUUUGAUUUUAGUAGGUGUUAUAACGGCUACAGCUGCGUGUACACGAAACCCCUGUCUGGUGGUCACAUCUCAAGCUCUGAAUCUGCUCAACAUCUUCAGCGCAGUGGCCGUCAUCAUCUUAUUCUUCAUUUUAUUUUAUUUGGCGUUUUCUAUACGUGUGUUUUUGGCUCACCCUUUGAGCCCGAAAGACAUGGCGUUUAUUAGCUGUAAUGUUCUGGGCCUCGUCUUCUCUCUCAUCAUCUUCGCCACCUCCUGCUGCUGGUGUAAAUCGAGGAAGCGUCUGAUGGUGAUCCACAUGAGUCCAGUGCCUCCUGCAGUGGUCAGCGAUGAUGUUGUUGAUCAUCCGCGGCCAGUCUUUUCUCUUCCAGCCUACAGUCCAGUGCCGACCUCAGAACCACCGGCAUAUGAGGAUGAGCGGCGUUCGACUCUAUCUCGGUCUUCUGCUCCGCGGUGGGACAAGAGACGCUGGAUUGAGGAUCUGCAGAACAACAGGAGACCCUUACAAGUCUGAACACAGGCACUAUUUACACACAAUCGUGCUCUAAACUAGAGCUUCAGUCACCUUUAUUUAAUAUGAGAUCAUGGAAGAGCUCAGUUCAGAGCCUUUUCUUAGUAUAACUUUUAUUUGUUCCUCUUAUGCACCAUCAGGACCAACCGGCUGUGCAAUAUGACCAUACAUAUAUUGUAUGGACAGAAUAAAAAGUUAAUAUUAUUUAGUUUAUAUCAUAAUACACAUUGUUUACAGUAAAAAUUGUCUUUAUUUAUAUAAGAGCAAUAUUUCAGAAGAGCGUCGAGAGAACGCUGCAAUCUUUAAAAUACAGCGUUUACAUUCUGCAUUUUAUUUAGUGAUAUUAUGUUAGACGUG